GGGACUUCCCCCUACUCUUUACCUUAUUCAACAUGUAUCUUUCAAAACUUCUUGACGUAUCUAAACAAUGUUUUCUUCGGUACCAUAGCAACAACCGGUAUCCAAGAAGAUUUACAUUGUCAUCAUUUGUAGAGAGGAUAAAGAGUCUUCCUCACUGUACAACUCAAUUAAAUUUAUUAAACUUAAAUUGUCAAUAACUUCAAAACUAACCAUAUAAAAGUACUACUUCCUUUGCACGAUAUGUUGAUCAAGUGCUAUAGAACCAUUUUUUUUUCAUUAAUGUAUAUCCUCCCGAACACGGGGUAUAGUAUGUAAUCCAAACCUUGAUUUUUUAUAAAAGAACUGGUCAUAAGUAUUAUAUAUUUCUAGCUACCUAUGAAAACAUCAAGCACGCCAGCAACACUAAGGCCCAAUGUUCCCUCGACUUCGCGUGCUCUUCAACGAAAACAGGAUGCGGAUUUUGUAGCUUCAUCCACGUGUUCAUCUCUUAUAGAAUCGAUUGUCGCAGUCGCUGGACAAGAAAGCACUACCGUCAAACGAAAGAUGAGCGACGGCGACGAUGAGCAAACACGAAAAAAACCACACACGACUUUGAUUGAUUCAGGCAUCACUAAAAAUGUUCCAAGCAAACCGGCUCAAGAAACUCUUAUGAAGAAAAUUGGUCUACUGCAACAGAGAAUAAAUGUUCUUACUGAAGCAAGGGACACUGGUAUAGCCAAAGAUGAUGUUCACAACGAAAUAAAAAAACUACGCAAAGAGUUGAAAGAAGAAGAGAAAUGUUUAAAGAAAAAAAGAGACUCUGCUAAGCGUGCAAAAAAGUUUCGAGCCAAAGAAAAACUGGAGAAAACUGAACGUCAGAGAAACGAUCCUGCUGCAACUAGUGAUUGCAAUCUCGCAAAACGGGAUCCAGCAUUCCCGCGGGAUCCCGCACCACUUAUUAAUGUUCUGGAUCCCGCACCUUUAAAACGCGGAUCCGCGGAUGGCGCUAAUUACAAUUUUCCGCUAAAACGUUCUUGUAGUUUCGCGUAA